UGAUCUCACUUAACCAUGGUUAGCUUUCUUGACAGGUGCAAAUACCGACCUAUACAAAAACUCUAUAAAUACGCCUCUCGCGCCUUCUUGCUAUUUUCAUAUUACAUUUCAACACAAGCUCAGUUGCAGUCUGAUCUUUCCUCUCUUCUAAGGUUUGUUUAGUGUUCUUUUAAACUUUCAUCGAGCAAAGUACAUGGUUGAUCUAGAAGUUCAAAUUCCCACAGCUUUUGAUCCAUUCUCCGAGGCAAAGGAUUCAGGUGCUAAAGAUUAUGUACAUAUCCGUAUAUACCAGAGGAAUGGAAAGAAGAACUUGACUACAGUUCAAGGCCUUCCUAAAGAAUACAGCUUAGAGAAAAUUCUCAAGUCUCUGAAGAAGGAAUUCUGUUGUAAUGGGAAUGUUGUGCAGGAUAAAGACCUUGGGAAGAUAAUCCAGCUACAAGGAGAUCAGCGCAAGAACGUCCAGAGUUUCCUUGUUAGUGCUAAUCUCGUCAGGAAGGAUCUGAUCAAGAUUCAUGGUUUUUGAUUAAGGCUGUGGAUUUUAUAUGCUCAGUGUCUCUGGAUUUAUUAGCUGAGCUGCUCUGCUAUUAUUGAUAUCUAUAUAUGGUUUUUGAUCGAGUUGUGAAAUUUAUAGGCUCGGUGUUUGUGGCUUUUAUCAGCUGAGCUGCUCUGGUAUUAGUGGUCUAUGUAUGGUUUAUGACUAUUGAACAUUUGGUUCUUUUUGAUUUUGGUUUGUUUAGUGAAUGGUAUUUUCAUUUGGAUGUACUGCUAUUAAAUAAUGGCAAUGGAUUUUUUUGGUUUAAUGAGUA